AUGUCAAAGUCUCAAGAUGAGGAGUCCGGCCCCCGGGUUCUCCUACUAGCAACAUGUGAUACCAAGAUGGAAGAAAUCGCCUUCAUCCACAACCGGCUCACUUCUAUUGACGCCAGCAUUCAACCGAUUCUCAUGGACAUUGGGCGCACCCCAACAACUCACAGUCUUAUCAACAUUUCGCAGUCCGACAUCUUGUCCUCGUCGGACCAGACAAGGCAGCUAGCCUCUCUCCCGCGCGACGAGUACUCUAGCCACAUGAUCCAAGCCGCCACAUCUUAUGUGCGCACCCUCCACUCUAACGAUCCCCUGCACGGCGUCCUGGGCAUUGGCGGGAGCACGGGCUCCUCCAUCAUUGCGAGCCUGGCCCAGAAUGCCGUGCCCAUUGGCCUGCCCAAGCUGCUCGUCAGCACCAUGGCGAGCGGCGACGUGGGCGGCCUGGUGGGCGGCGUCGAUCUCACCCUCAUGUACAGCGUCACGGAUAUCGCCGGCUUGCACUUUCUUUCCGAGCGCGUGCUGGGCAACGCGGCGGCCGCGGUGGCGGGUAUGGCGUUGGCGUGUUACCGUGCUGAUAAUAGUGCUGCUGCUGCUGCUGGUACCGCCGGACGCGAUCAUCAUCAUGACGGAAGCCGUCUGGCAGAGAACAAGGCGGAUGGGCGUAAUCGAAAUGGUGGGCGAAAGAGGAUUGCCAUUACAAUGUUUGGUGUGACCACGCCGGGCGUCGAUGCCAUUCGCUCCAUUCUAACGGCGCCGCCGCACGAGGCCGAAGUUGUCGUGUUCCACGCGACGGGGUCGGGCGGCCGGGCCAUGGAGGCACUGAUCCGGCAAGGCGAGUUUGACGCCGUGGUGGACCUGACGACGACCGAGAUUGCCGACGAGGUGGGCGGCGGCGUGCUCUCGGCGGGACCGGAGCGGCUGCUGGCGGGCGCCGAGGCCGGCGUUCCCAUGGUGGUCAGCGUGGGCGCCUGCGACAUGAUCAACUUUGGUCCCCGCGGUACCAUCAAGGCCGAGCUCCUCGAGGCUGCCGACAGGGGCGAGAGGAGACUCCAUAUUCACAAUCCCAUGGUGACGCUGCUGCGGACGACGAGGGACGAGAACAAGCGCAUAGCCGAUUUUAUCGUUGGAAAACUCAAAAAGGCCCGGCGAAAGGACAUGGUCAAGGUGGUGAUACCUACAGAGGCGAUAAGCAUGAUAGCAGGCAAAGGCGGACCCUUUGAGGAUCGGGAAGCCGAUGAAGAGCUGUUCAAGGGUAUCGAGGACGGGCUCAAAGGCAGCGGUAUUGAUAUCAUCAAGUUUGACGGGCUGGGGAUCAAUGAUGAGAAAUUCGCCGAGCAUGUGGUCAAGGUGCUGGCAAGCAUUAACUUGUCUUGA